GCUCAUCGGUAGAUGGGAGAACGAGGAGCCUAUGUCAAAAAGAGUUAAGUGGACCUUAUGGCACAAAAAGAGUUGGAAUCACCCUUUUUUCAGAGCACCAAGUUAACUCCAUGCUAAAAGAAAUAUGGAAGGAUGAUAUUAUAGAAGAAUCUAAAAGUCCAUGGUCAUUCGCCUAAAUAGUUGGAAUUUUACCGUCCAUCGAAUUCGAGACCAACAGAAGCGAAUUAUUUAGAAGCAACGACGCGCGUUAAAACGGAGUCGGCCACUAAGGGAAUAGGAUUGGGUUUCCAAACUGCACUUGUACUAGCCUCCAGGGGUGCCCGUGUUAUUAUCGGCGAUAAAGCAGACGGAGCGAAAACAAAGAAGACAAUAAUAGAAAAAACCCACAAUCCGAACAUUGUUAUAAAGCAUCUCGAUUUAGCUUCGUUAGACUCCGUCAGGAAGUUUGCCAAAGAUAUCAACUCCACGGAGGAAAGAUUGGAUAUUUUGAUCAAUAAUGCUUGCGUGGGAAAUGUCGGAAAUAAGUAUACUGCUGAUGGGUUACAUCCUACGAUGCAACAUAAUCAUUUUGGACCGUUUCUAUUGACGCAUUUACUCACAGAUCUCCUCAAAAAAUCAUCUCCAAGCAGAAUAAUCUUCGUCAGUUCAGCCUCAGCAUUCAUCACCAAUUUGACUAUAGACAACGUCAACUACCCUGAUAACCAACCGAUGUCACUCUACAACAGCACCCUGAUCUACGGCAACUCCAAACUCUGUAAUGUCAUCGCUGCUAACGGUUUCGCUGAAAGAUUAAAGGAGAGUGGCGUGACGUCAAAUUCUCUUCACCCUGGAUUGGUUAAUACCAGCUUCUAUUUGAAACCAGGAAGUUUCUUGGACAUCAAGUCGUUCGCUAAAUUGCUAAGAAAUAUUGUGCUGUUUGCUUAUGGAAAAACCGCCGAAGAAGGUGCCCAGACAAUCAUCCAUCUAGCGCUGUGCAAUAAACUUAAAGAAGUGACCGGAAAGCAUUUCUGGGACUGUAGACUGUUUCCUUCUCCUCCUGGAACAUGGAAUAAAAAUUUCGCGGAAUCGAUAUGGGAGAAAAGCGAAGAACUUGUCGGUCUCAAACCAGAUGAAAAAUUGAAAUCAGAAUAAUCAUUGUAUAAUAUUGAAAAUUACUUAAGUCUCUGCCUACAUAUUAAUGCUUUUUCGUUUGACUUUGGUCCCCAAUGACAAUGAUCGAGAAAAGAAAAUGUACAAUUAUUAAAACGCCUUUAAAUAUUCAUCUAGCUCUAGCUACUAUUCAUAAUUUUGUUUAUUAAGCCAAUAAUUAAUUUUUUUCAUAAUUUC